UCGCAUUCCACGUUCUUAACUGCUGUCUUCUUUCUCUGUCCGGGCUCCUAUCUCCUCCGUUCGCUUCGCGCAUUCGGUUUCAGGCAGUCACCAGAAUCAUGAAGGUCGCCAGUGGCAGCGCCGCCGCCGCCGCGGGCCCCAGUUGCGCGCUGAAGGCCGGCAAGACUGCGGGCGGCGCGGGCGAGGUGGUGCGCUGCCUAUCGGAGCAGAGCGUGGCCAUCUCGCGGUGCGCCGGGACGCGCCUGCCUGCUCUGCUGGACGAGCAGCAGGUGAACGUGCUGCUCUACGACAUGAACGGCUGCUACUCGCGCCUCAAGGAGCUGGUGCCCACCCUGCCCCAAAACCGUAAGGUGAGCAAGGUGGAGAUCCUCCAGCACGUCAUCGAUUACAUCAGGGACCUGCAGUUGGAGCUGAACUCAGAGUCCGAAGUCGGGACCGCCGGGGGCCGAGGGCUGCCAGUCCGGGCUCCGCUCAGCACCCUCAACGGCGAGAUCAGCGCCCUGACGGCCGAGGCGGCAUGCGUUCCUGCGGACGAUCGCAUCUUGUGUCGCUGAAGUGCCUCCCCCAGGGACCGGCGGACCCCAGCCCUCCAGGGGGUCAAGAGGAAUUAAGUUGUUCUGUGUGUCUCUCCAAAGCGCCUCGCCGGAUCUGGGGGCGAACGAGACAGAUCCGGGGCCACUGCUCCCUUACGGCAUCCAGCCCAGGGCUGAGGGACUGGCGAGGAGAGGCCGACCCUCUCUCCACACCUACCAGUCACCAGAGACUUUAGGGGGUGGAUUCCCCUCGUGUGUUUCUAUUUUUUGAAAAGCAGACAUUUUAAAAAAUGGUCACGUUUGCUGCUUCUCAGAUUUCUGAGGAAAUUGCUUUGUAUUGUAUAUUACAAUGAUCACCGACUGAUAAUAUUGUUUUACAAUAGUUCUGUGGGGCUUUUUUUUGUUAUUAAACAAAUAAUUUAGAUGGUGGUAAA